CCGCUCGGUAGCGGAGGUCCUGGCUUGGGAGGUUCUCGCAGUGAACGGGAGUCGGGAGGCAUCGGGCUGCUCCGGCGAGAGCGGUGCAGUCAGGAUUGGAAAAGAUGCCAGCCCCAGCUGCCACAUAUGAGAGGAUAGUUUACAAAAAUCCCUCUGAGCACCACUACAUGAAAGUCUGCCUAGAAUUUCAAGAACAUGGGGUUGGACUGAAUGUUGCACAGUUCAAACAGCUGCUUAUUUCAGCCCUGAAGGACCUAUUUGGGGAGGUUGACGCUGCCUUACCCUUAGACAUCCUAACCUACGGAGAGGAGACCUUGUCAGCCAUACUGAGAAUAUGUAGCAGUGGUUUUGUCAGAUUGUGGAGCUCUUUGACCCUGUUAGGAUCCUAUAAAGGCAAGAAAUGUGCCUUCAGAGUGAUUCAGGUUUCUCCAUUUCUCCUUGCAUUAUCUGGUAACUAG